CAGAAAUCACCCCACUGCAGUAUUGUAGUGGUGAAUCAUACUAAAAAUAACAAUUGUUUUCUAUUACUCAUCAAAAGACUUUGUUUUAAUUUAAAAUUACUGUUCAAAGUAACAAAUUAAAAUGUUUUCCACAAAUCCAAACUAUACAAAACUGAAAACGCAUCUAAGACUGGGGAUAAACCGACUGAAGUUGUUGGAAAAGAAGAAAACAGAGUUAGCAUCAAAAGCGAGGAAAGAAAUCGCUGAAUAUAUAGCCUCUGGUAAGAUUGAACGAGCUAAGAUCCGAGUGGAACACAUUAUUAGAGAGGAUUACAUGGUUGAGGCAAUGGAGAUAGUUGAGAUGUACUGUGACCUCGUGCUGGCCAGGUUUGGUCUUGUCACUCAGAUGAAGGAGUUGGACGAAGGGCUGGCAGAAGCUAUAUCCAGUCUCAUAUGGGUGGCACCUAGGAUGCACACAGAUAUUCAGGAGCUGAAAGUAAUUUCAGACUUAUUUACUGCGAAAUACGGUAAGAUUUACGCAGAUGCGUGCAGAAAUGAGAGUGUGAACACAAUAAGUGAUAAGUUGAAGCAUAAGUUGUCAGUCCAGAGCCCACCGAAGAUUCUCGUUGAACGGUACCUGAUAGAGAUAGCUAAGAACUAUAAUGUGGAGUACACUCCUGACGAACAAGUCAUGAGGGAAGAACAAGGAAGAGAUGCUUUGUUGAUUGACAUCAAUGGUCCACCCAUGCCACCCGGUUUCAUAGGGUAUCCACCGCAGCCGCCUAUGCCUAUGCCCAAUCUACCCCCGCCCAAUGUGGAACCAUUCAGUUACCCCUCAGUACCAUCUGGUGGCAAGGCUGGUGGUUUUAUUGCUACUCCGCCACCACAGAACUAUGGUGGACCGAGCCAGCCACCAAUGGGCUACCACUUGCCUCCCGGUGCUGAUUCAAAGACUUUAAGCAACAGUUUCCUGCAGGACGAAAUGAGUAAUUUGCCACCUGCUUACGACAGCAUUCACCACGACAUGGCAGGAAUAAACUGGGGUGAAAAACAUACUGACCUGCCCACGUGCCUACGCCGCAGCCGAGGUCUCGCGUGCCCCCGAACCACUUUCCCGAGUUGCCGGAGCUGCCGUCCGUGCCGUCUGACCUAAUCCUCCCCUCGGUGCCGCACAGUAACAACUCCAACACAUCUAACAACGCGCCCAAUGCACCCAACGCGCCCAACGUUAGCGGAUCGGACGAGAUUGAUUUUGAGGAUCUCAACAGGAGGUUUGAGGAAUUGAAAAUGAAGAAAUAAUGUGCGGUCACGUGAUUUUUAUACAAACAUGGAAUUCGAAUGGGAUCUUAAUAUUAUUAGGCCUUCAUUUUUUUUGUUUCGUCUGCUUUGUUUAACGGUGUCAGAAUUAGCUCUUCCCUCAUAGCUAUUCGUCUUUACGGGCAUGGCUCAUAUGCUGCGACAAAAACAAAAAACAGACGCUUUAGCUGAGAGCCAUAGACAAAACUCGUUGUUUUAUCAGUCUAUCAACACAAAAUAUUUAUGUAAGAUUUAUAACUACAAAGUAAAAAAACAAAAAAAAGCCUAUAAAAAUUCCAAGUCAUAGUGUUUAUGUGACUUCUUCAGUGCUAUAGCCAUUCAUGGUUUUUAAAUAAAACCAGCUCAUUGACACUUUCAUCUCAUUUCACAUUUCAAUAUAUUUUGCUUAGAUCUUUUGUAAUGUGAUAUAUAUGGAAAAUGUACUCUCCAUUUUUAUGAAGUAAAAUAAAAUAUAUUUAAAUUUUUUUGUUAUAUUUCAAAACUAUUGUAAAAUAAUUGAUUAGUAAAUAUAUUGUGAUAUUCAACAAUCGCCUACAAGAUGUCUUUGGCAAAAACGAAGAUUAAAUAUCGAACUGUAGGCGGUUGUAAAAUAACACGGACUUGGUAGAGUAAGGGCCUGUUUCACAAGUUUCAAGUUAAUUUAUUUGACAGCGAAUGUUUUUUAUUAACGACUUAUUUUUUACAUUUAUUUUGAAGAUGUGUGAUUUUUUUAUUUGUUCGGCUUUUACAUUUAUGUGAAGAAUAUUAUUUACUUAGAAGUUGUGAAACAGGCCCUAAAUUUAACGAAAGGUGAUGAAUAUGUAUAAUAAAAGAUAUUUAUGUUUUAUACAUUUUUUUAUUAUUGCUAUGUUCGUAAUAUCAAAUCAUACUUCCAUUUGUAAGCAUAGCAUAUAUUUCGACAAUUGAAAAAUACAGUCACAUUUCAUUUA